AUGUCAACAAUGAUACCCAAAUCACCAAAAAAUCAAUAUUUCACGAUCAGUGAACGUAAUCAGGCCAACGAUCAAAUUUCAGUGUACAGGUAUUCACCUGGAGAGAGCGGUAGGAUUGACAUAAUUACUCCUGUUCAAACUAAAAGCUACAGUCGAACUGUUCUCAAUGCUUUCCUACCUGCAGGGUAUCCAAAUAGUGUGACAGAUGAUUAUCUUCGAUAUCAAAUAUUUGAUUCAUUGCAAGCCUUCUCCAGCUCUAUAGCUGGCAUGAUUUCUUCACGAGCAGCCCUUGAGAGUAUUGGUGUUGGAGAUUCGAAUGCUUCUCCAACAGCUGUGCUCCUGCUAUCCGUCCUUCACGAGAGUAUGGGCCGAAUAACCACAAUUUUAUUUGCUCAUAGAUUAGGAACGUCACUUGAACCAGAGUGCAAGAUGUUCCGCCUCGCUGCUGACGUAUUUAUUGACUCUGCUUUGAUUAUAGAGUGCUUAUCACCAACUUUCCCGAAAGCAUGGAGAGUGGUUUUAUUCAGUUUAGCAAGCAUUCUAAGAAGUCUUUGUGGUGUUGCAGCAGGUAGCUCAAAGGCCAGUCUAAGCGCUCACUUUGCAACACAAGAUAAUAUCGGAGAGUUAAAUGCGAAAGACUCUAGCCAAGAAACAGUUAUUUCUUUGAUUGGAAUGCUGGCUGGCAGUGUUGUCGUAUCUCACGUAACAUCUAAGUGGACAAGCUGGGUGGUACUGUCGCUAUUGCUGGUAGUUCACUUAUAUACAAACUACCUGGCCGUACGAGCAGUUUGCAUGCGGACAUUCAAUCGUCAACGCGCCAACCUAUUUUUAUCAGUAUUAAUUGAUAAUCUUCGAUGCAAAUCCCAAAACGAUAUUAUAAAGGAUCCCAAGGCGAUAAAAGGAAUAUCUAUUUCUACUCAGGAUGUCAGUUCACCACGUGACAUAAUGCUGAACGAAAGAAUAUUUGAAUGGGGCGGCGUUCUACGAUGGAAGGGAUCCAAAGCUUUGGGAUACUGUAAGCUUGGGGUCUCUCUAAAAUCUCUUUUUGACAGCUUUGGUCGUAGGAAUGAUCGGACAGGUAGCACCACCAGCAUUCAAGCUCAGAAGUUCCAGGAAUUACUGCAUAUUUAUAAGGCAUCAAGUUACAUACUCUGGUAUGAUGAGCCGAGCAAUAAUUUUCUUGUGGCAAUCAAAUCUCACACCGAGAACGAAGUCGAAAUACAGCUCAAGGCCUGGACUCAAGCAUUAUGCUUAGCUAAAUUUGGGUCAGUAUCCCCUGAAGAACCUCUAAUUGAUGCUCUACGACGCACCAGAAAUAUUGCCGAGGGCGUUGUAGAUAAAUUAAUUUCUAGUGGUCUACUCCGUGAUCAUGGGUGGAACACGCAGCAGAACGCAAUGGAGAUUUACCCGGGCUUUCGAGCGACAGUAGAUGAAAAUGAUAAAUUUUGA